ACUGGCUUGAUAGUUAGAAGUCAUGCCGAGUGCAUAAAGACAGUCUGCUUUCCAGCUGUCUCCAACGGAGCACAGUAGCAGUGAAAAUGCCUUACCUCAGGCAAAUAGACCGGUCUGCCACAGGGGCUUUCUGCCCCCAUGCCCCGUUCCUUGCGGCAGGGACGGUUGCAGGCGCGAUUGACAUUAGCUUCUCCACUUCCUCAGUCCUUGAGAUAUUCCCGCUAGACUUUGCAAGCAGCAGCGAAUACCUGGUGUCAUGUGGCAGUGUUGCAGCGCCGGAGCGGUUCAACAGGCUUGCCUGGGGCCAACACUUGUCGGAUCAGUCGUUCCCGCAGCUGGGCCUCUUGGCGGGUGGCCUGGCCGAUGGCUCUGUCUGCCUAUGGGACCCAACCGCCCUCAUCGAUCCCACGGCGAAGGAGCAGCACAGGGCGCCGCUCCUAGCCAAAAUGCAGAAACACACUGGCGCAGUUAAGGGGCUUGAGUUUAACGGUUUCAGUCCCAAUCUACUGGCGUCCGGUGCUGCCGACAGCGACCUGUGCAUUUGGGACCUGGCAAAGCCGUCAACACCAUCGUUGUAUCCGGCCCUUAAGGGAGGAGCGGGAGCCCCGGGCUCAGCGGUCGGCGGCGAAAUCACGUAUUUGGCAUGGAACAAAAAGGUGCAGCACAUUCUCGCAUCCUGCAGCACCAACGGCACCACGGUGGUGUGGGACCUGAAGCGUCAAAAGCCGGUGAUCAGCUUCAGGGAUCCCAACAGCCAACGCCGUGCCUCGGCCAUCCAGUGGAACCCGGACAUCGCCACGCAGCUCAUUGUUGCGUCGGACGAUGAUCGUUCGCCCACGCUGCAGAUGUGGGAUCUGAGGAACAGCGUGUCGCCGCUGAAAGAGUUUGUUGGGCACCACAAGGGUGUGCUUGGCAUGGCUUGGUCGCCCCAUGACUCGUCUCUGCUGCUAAGCAGCGGAAAGGACAACCGGACCAUCUGCUGGGACGUUCACAGCGGCGACAUUGUCUGCGAGCUCACCGGCUCCCACUGGAACUUUGACGUGCAGUGGAGCCCGACGAUUCCGGGCAUCUUCGCAACCUCCUCUUUUGACGGUAAGAUGGCAAUCUGCAACCUGGCGACCUGCACGGGCUCAAAGGUCACGGAGACGGUCAAUGCGGACUUCACCGUCACCAAGUCCGUGGUCGGGGAAGCUACGCCGCUCGGCAAGGCCCCAGCAUGGAUGCGGCGGCCCGUGGGAGCCACUUUUGGCUUUGGCGGCCGGUUGGUGUCCUUCACGCACAACCGCUCGCAGCACACGGACCCCGCCACGGGCGCGGUGCGCAUGCAGGACUCGGCGGUGCUGUCGGUGAAGCAGGUGGUGACAGAGCUGGACCUGGUGGCGCGCUCUGAGGGCUUCGAGGCGGCCAUCCAGGGCGGCAACCUGCAGACGCUGCGCGAGUACUGCAGCGGGAAGAGGGCCGCCCUAACGUCCAUGGAGGGCCAGCUGCCGCCUGAGGCGCAGCAGGAGGCGGAGACGUGGGCGUUCUUGUCGGUGUUGUUUGAGGGCGAGGACGCCCGGCGCGUGCUGCUGCAGACGCUGGGAUUCAAGGACUUGCCAGCGAGGGAGAACAGCACCACCAGCUUGCCGGGGGAGAACGGCGUCGACAGCGCGGCGGCGGCAUUGGAGCAGAUGAACCUCCAAAACGCCGACGGUGUGCCGCGUCUGGAGGUGCCGGGCGCAAGCGCGGGUGGCGCGGUGGCCGCCGCCAGCCCGCACCAGCUGCUGUCGCAGGACGACCCGGACUUUUUCGACAAGCUGGAGGACUCGGACGUGGUGCUGGGCGGCCCGGUGCCGGAGGAGCUGCCCGACCUGGGCGCGGUGCAGCCGCUGAAUGCGGGUGCCAUUGACGCCAUGGCUAAGGAGGCAGCCAAGGCAACGGGCGACGGUCACGGCCAUGCUCCUGGCCACGUUCCCGGCGGCGAGCUAGAGGCGGAGAUCGUGAAGGCGCUCACCGUGGGCUGCUACGCCACCGCGGUGGACCACUGCCUGGCAGUGCACCGGUACGCGGACGCGCUGCUGAUCGCCAACACGGCAGGGCGGGAGCUGUACCAGCGCACCAUGCACACGUACAUGCAGAGGUGCCCGCACCCCUACCAGGCGAUCAUUCGCGCCAACUUGGAGGGCGACUACAGCGCGCUCAUACGCACUCGCCCAGUGGCCCAGUGGCGUGAGACGCUGGCCAUGCUGGUCACCUACACGGACCGUGACAAGUUCCGUGGCCUGGCCGACGCGCUUGCCAACCGCCUGGCACAGGCCGGCAUGCACCACGAGGCCUCGCUGUGCUGGGUGUGCGGAGGCCACACGGACCAAGCGGUGUCGUACUGGGCGCGCAACUGCGCGAGCUCCUCUGGCGUGGAGGUGCUGCAGAACGUGAUCGAGAAAGCGGUUGUUAUGGGCAUGGCGCCGGGCGUGUCAACCACCUCCUCCUCUCCGGACGGCGUCAACAAGGCCUCCCAGAGCCUGUCCGAGCUGGUCACCGCGUACGCCUCGCUGCUGGCGUCCAACGGCCGCAUGGCCACCGCCCUCGACUACCUGGAGCAUGUGCCCGGGGAGGCUUCCACCACCGUAGCUGUGCUCAAGGACCGCAUCUACCGCAGCGGCGUGGCUCAGCUUCCCGCUGGCGUCCACCCUCCGCCAUUCCCGUUUGUGCGCGAAGAGCUGGUACCCGCUGCGCAGCCAGCUGCCGAGAAAGCGACUACGGCAUCGUACGACGCCACCGCUGCCGGCAGCGCCUACGGCCAGUAUGGGGCCGGCUACGCCCCCGCUGCCGCCGCGGCGAACCAGUACAACAUGUACGGGCAGCAGGCCCAGCAGCCGCAACAGCAGGCGCAGCCGCAGCAGUCCGCGUACAGUGCGCAGUAUAGCGCACAGCCGCAGCAGGCAGCAUACAACGCUAGCGCGUACGGCCAGGUUCAAGCUGCUCAGUAUGGUUCAGCGGCCGCUGGGCAGUACGCUGCGGCUCCUGCGCCCCAGGCGGCGACGCCGACGGCUCAAUAUGGCCAGCAGUCUGCGUAUGCCGCUCAGCCAGCGGUUCAGCCACAAUACGGCCAGUACCAGUACCAGCAGCCGCAAGCUGCCUACCAGCCUUCGGCUGCGCCGCAGCAGGCACCACAAGCUCCUGUUUACAGCACGGCUACAGCGGCGUCAGCAUACCAGCAACCUCGGGCUGCCCAGCCGGUCGCUCCGGCGCCCACAGCGUUUACACCCACCUCCGUUGCUCCACCGGUUGUCCCGCAACCGCAGGCGCAACCGCUGCCGCCGCCUCAGGCCCCGGCAGCGCAGCCGCAGCCGGCGUACCCAGCUGCAGCUGCACCCACGCCGUUCGUUCCCGCGCCUGCGCAACAACCCGUGGCCCCAACGAACACGGCGGCUGCAGCGGCGCCCCAGCCAAGCUUCUUUGUGCCAAGCAGCAGCGGUGCCGCACCGGUGCCCAGCAUCGGUAGCGGCAGUUAUGGCGGCGCGCCGCCGCCAUCGGCAGUCCAGAGUGUGCCGUCUGGCGGAAUGAUGGCGGCACCCGUGACUCAAAAGCCUGCUGCGCCGGCGCCGCCACCGGGCCCGCCGGCCAACAUCUCUGUCGCCACGGCGGACACGAGCGCAGUGCCCGCGGAGCUCCAAUCCGUGGUCGCAUCGCUCAAGAACCUUUACAACACGUGUUUGCCGCUAGCAAACAACCCAGCCAAGAAGCGGGAGAUGGACGACAACACCAAGAAGCUCGGCCAGCUGUUCUGGAAGCUGAACAGCGGGGAGGUCAGCGCGGGUGUGGUGCCCAAGCUGCAGCAGCUCUGCGCUGCCAUCGACGCCGGCGACUGGCACACCGCCAACCACAUCCAGGUCCAAAUGACCACCACCGACUGGGACGAGUGCGGCUUCUGGCUCAGCGCAGUCAAGCGCAUGAUUAAGCUGCGGCAGACGUCCUAGAGGCUCGUUGCAGGCGUCGUAGGUGCAUGCGUCUCUGCGUUUUCGUUUUCAGCAUGUUGAGGUUAGCCUUGGCUUUUGGUGUUUGUGAUCCAACACACCUGCCUGGCGCGUUAGUUCGGUACAUUUGUCUUUCUGCCAGCGCUUACUAUCAUAACGGUGUUUGGGGGCCUUCCAUUUGUAUGACAGUAAAGAGUCCAUUGUUGAUUGCGCAUGGAUGGCUGACGGCGUGUAUUAUGCAGGUUUUGUGGAGAUCGGU